AUGUCGUCGGGGCAGGCGGUGCUCCGGCGACCGACUUUCUCGAAAUCCAAUGUUGAGCUGAUUAAUUCCCUCCACUCUAACUUCGACAUUCAUGUCUCGGAUGAGGGUGGCAGUCCAGCCUCAAGUAGCCUGCCAGCGUGGGUGAAACAGGAAGGAGACGAUAUAUACAUUCCUUCAUGGCGACCCACGCCCUUGAGUGAACCACGCGAGUCGUACGAUAUCACUGCGAAACUAUUCUAUCUACCUGGUAUUCCGUCUUCGAGACGUUGCAGACAUACUAGAGACGCGAUCGAGUUGGUAUUGAAAGAGCUUGGUGUGUCAAGCAUCGAUCUCUUGAUCGUGAGCUAUCCAGGCGUCAGCUUCGAUGCCGAUGACGAUGGUGAAGAGGAGGCCUCUGUCGAUGAAGAGGACAGUGGGAAUAGCGAGGACGAGGGCUUCGAGGCCCAAAUAAAGACAUGGCAGGUGCUCGAGGCCCUGCAUGAAAAGGGUACGAUAUCGCAACUCGGUCUGUCUGAGUUCAGCUCAACUCGAUUGGAGAGGUUUCUGCCCGAGGUCAAGAUCCGCCCAAGCGUUGAUCAGAUCAACGUCAAGGACUGUUGCGUCGUGCCUAAGACCCUGAUCAUGUAUGCGAAGGAGCACAACAUCGAGCUGCUGACGCAUAACGACUGCACCGACAUUCUGCCACCCGGUACAACUCGAGAGUUGUUAGGACCCGGUCAGCAGGGUGCCCGCAUCAUCGCAGCGGGAUCCGAUGCCGGAGACGAAGAUGCGGGUUUGAAGGGUGACAUUGAGCCUCAGUGGGUGAUCAAGUAUACCGCAGUCGUCAAAGAUCGUGGAGUGAUCGAGAACAAGGGAUACUUCGCAGUGGCGCAGCUUGGUACUUGCAUCGAGGACAAGGCGUCACUUGCCCAGUGA